AUUGCUGGAAAAAAGCACAGUAGAUGUCCGAUAACCGAUAUUUUAGACAUGUUCUUCUCUAAGGUGGCUUUUUCAUAUAAUUAAUUCACUUGGACUUUCUGCAAAAUUGUUGUAAAAAGUUAUUUUGUAGAAUAUUUUCUCCACCACAUUACAAUUUUGAAGUGAAUAUUAAUAACUAAAUGUCUGCUUCUAUAGAAAUCCCUCUAAGGGAUACUGACGAGGUAAUAGAGGUUCAUCCUGACCAGUUACCAGAAUGCCAAGAAGUUUUGGGUAUUCUGCGUCAAGAACGUUCCCAAUUAAAUACUUGGGUAAAUGUGGCGUUGGCGUAUUAUAAACAGAACAAAACUGAGGAUUUUAUUCGCCUGCUGGAAACUGCCCGAAUGGAAGGCAACACCGAUUAUCGUGACUUUGAGAAAGAUCAAAUGCGAUGUUUCGACAUGUUAGCUGCCCAUUAUGUACAAGAGGCCAACCGCGAAAAGUCGAAGGAUAAAAAGCGCGAACUUUUCAUGAAAGCCACGAAUUUUUAUACCACCGCUGACAAGAUAAUUAUGUAUGAUCAAAAUCAUUUAUUGGGCAGAGCUUAUUUCUGCCUCUUAGAGGGCGAUAAAAUGGAGCAGGCCGACGUUCAAUUCAAUUUCGUACUCAAUCAAUCGCCUUCAAAUAUUCCUUCACUUUUGGGAAAGGCAUGUAUAGCUUUUAAUAAGAAGGAUUAUCGAGGAGCUUUGGCAUUUUACAAAAAAGCUUUACGUACCAAUCCAAACUGUCCGGCUAAUGUACGCAUUGGCAUGGGUCACUGUUUUCUAAAAAUGAACAAUCAAGAGAAAGCGAAGCUAGCCUUUCAAAGAGCUCAUGAUCUUGAUCCGAAUUGUGUAGGAGCUUUGAUUGGCUUGUCAAUACUUAAAUUGAAUCUGCAUGAACCCGAAUCCAACAGAACGGGCGUACAAAUGUUAUCGAAAGCCUACACAAUUGAUUCAACAAGUCCGAUGGUCUUAAAUCAUUUAGCUAAUCAUUUUUUUUUUAAAAAAGACUACCAAAAAGUACAACAUCUGGCUUUACAUGCCUUUCAUAAUACAGAAAAUGAGGCAAUGCGCGCUGAAAGUUGUUAUCAAUUAGCUAGAAGUUUUCAUGCUCAAUGCGAUUAUGAUCAAGCUUUUCAGUACUAUUAUCAGUCAACCCAAAUAGCUCCUGCAAGCUUUGUGUUACCACAUUACGGCUUAGGUCAAAUGUAUAUUUACAGAGGUGAUACGGAGAAUGCCGCUCAAUGUUUUGAAAAAGUUUUGAAGAUUCAGCCCGGCAAUUAUGAAACUAUGAAAAUCUUGGGUUCACUGUAUGCAAAUUCAAAUUCGCAGACUAAACGGGAUAUGGCUAAGAAUCACUUAAAAAAGGUCACCGAACAGUUUCCAGACGAUGUAGAAGCGUGGAUUGAAUUGGCUCAAAUUCUGGAGCAGAAUGACUUACAUGCUUCGUUAAAUGCUUAUGGUACUGCCUCCAAUAUUUUAACAGAAAAAGUGAAAGUGGAAAUUCCAGCAGAAAUUCUUAACAAUGUGGCCGCUCUGCAAUAUCGUUUAGGAAAUCUUAAAAUAGCCGAAAAACGAUUAUCGGAGGCCUUAGAGAGAGCUGAAAACGAAGCGCAUAAUGAUGCUCAAUAUUAUGAGGCGAUUUCGGUGACGAUGACCUAUAAUUUGGCCCGUCUCAAAGAGGCCAUGUGCAGCUUCGAUGAGGCGGAUAAAUUAUAUAAGGACAUAUUAAAAAAACAUCCUAACUAUAUCGAUUGCUAUUUGCGUUUGGGUUGUAUGGCGCGUGAUAAAGGGUUAAUAUUUGUUGCUUCCGAUUUUUUUAAAGAUGCCUUAAAUAUUAAUAACGAUAAUCCUGACGCCAGAUCUUUAUUAGGUAAUUUGCAUUUAGCUAAAAUGCAAUUUGCUUUGGGUCAGAAGAACUUUGAAACCAUCUUGAAAAACCCCGCCACAGCUAAUGACGCAUAUUCUCUCAUAGCUUUGGGCAAUUUUUCUCUACAAACCCUACACCAACCGAUGAGAGAUAAGGACAAGGAGAGAAAGCAUCAAGAAAAAGCUUUAGCUAUAUACAAACAGGUUUUACGCAACGAUCCUCGUAAUAUUUGGGCUACAAAUGGCAUCGGAGCCGUUUUAGCUCAUAAAGGUUGUGUAAUUGAGGCACGUGACAUAUUUGCUCAAGUACGUGAAGCAACUGCCGACUUUUGCGAUGUUUGGCUUAAUAUCGCCCACAUCUAUGUGGAGCAGAAGCAAUACAUUAGUGCCAUACAAAUGUACGAAAACUGUAUGAAGAAAUUCUUUAAACAUCACAAUGUAGAAGUGAUGCAAUACCUGGCGCGUGCAUAUUUUCGCGCUAAUAAAUUGAAAGAAGCAAAAAUGGUAUUACUGAAGGCUAGACGCGUAGCACCGCAAGAUACGGUUUUAUUAUUUAAUAUUGCUGUAGUUUUACAACGUCUCGCUAUGGCCAUACUGAAGGAUGAAAAAUCCACUUUGGAAAUUGUUUUACAAGCUGUUCACGAAUUGGAAUUAGCCCAAAAAUACUUCCAAUAUUUGUCGAUAUAUGGUGAUAAGGCACGCUUCAAUAUCGAAGUAGCCGGAAUGGAAGCAAGUCAAUGCCAGGAUCUUCUAUCACAAGCGCAAUAUCAUGUAUCACGAGCUCGUCGUAUCGAUGAGGAAGAGAAAGCCUUCAAACGCAAACAAGAAGAGGAACGUCUAGCUUUUAGAUUACGUCAAGAAGAGGACCGUAAGCGUCGAGAAGAGAAAGAGAAAAUUGAACGGGAGCAAAUGCUGGCCAAACGCCAAGAGUAUGUGGAAAAAACUAAAAAUUUAAUAUUGACUUUAGAAGUGCCACAAGAAAAGGAAAGGAAGAAAGGUAGUGGUCGACCGCGCAAGGAUGAUUACAUGUCCGACUCGGAGGGUAGUGAUGUUGGGCCUAAUGAAGGCCCUGAAAAAUCGGUGAAGAAGAAAAGUAAAAGUGAUCGUAAAAAAUCGGGUGGAAGCCGUAAGCGAAAGUCCACAGGUGAUAAUUACGACAGCGACAGCGAGACCGGCCUUCCUAAGGAAAAACGUAGGAAAAAACAGAAGUCUUUGAAAAAGAAUCAAGAGGAUAAGCUUUCCGCUAAGCAACGCAUGAAAAUUGUUUCGAAAGCUACUAUUUCCACAAGCGAGUCAGAUAGCGACGGCAGUGGAAAGGGCAGCAGAAGUCGGAAACGUAGCCAUAGCGGAAGUCGGAGCGUAAGUCGCAGCGCCAGUCGCAGUGUUAGUCGUAGCGCCAGUGGCAGCGAUUCUGAGACAAGUGAGGGUAGUGCUAAGCGGGCUCGUAAGCGCAACACGUCGGGCAGCGAUUCAGACCGUUCUAAAUCUGCCUCGCGAUCCCGCUCUCGAUCUCACUCCAGAUCGCGAUCACGCACGCGUUCGCGGUCAGGCUCCCGGUCACCUUCACGUUCUCGCUCCCGCUCUCGUUCCCGUUCCCGCUCUAGAUCCAGUACCCGUUCGAAAUCCGUUAGUCGUUCACGUAGUCGUAGCGCAUCCGGCUCGAAAUCCAGAUCUCCAAGUCGAUCUAGAUUGACACACGGCAGCCGAUCGAGAUCAAAAUCAAGCUCCCGUUCACGAUCCCGUUCACCUUCAAGAUCGCCUUCUGAGCGUAGCACUUCGGUUCCGCCCGCAACUAACUAAUAGGGCGAUAAAAUAGUUAUCAUGUAUUUUUCUUUCUUUGAUCAUAAUUUUAAGCGAAUAUUUGUCUCUUUAAAAUAUUGAAGUAUAUUAAAUGAAGAU